UUUCCUUCAUGGCUUCCCCGAUAGGCUGAUGAUAGGAUAGGAGCUUGCAUUGCCUCUCACCUCACGUCCCAAUUUUUUACCACCCCGCCCUAACCCGGCCGUCUAUAUAACCGAUCUGCUGUGCAGGCUCUCGUUUCAGAAUUCGGAUUCGAUCAGGCGCCGAGCAACGAGAGCACGUACGGGGAGGAGCGAGAUCAAGAAAGCAAGCACACGCGAGAACAUAGAAAUGGAAGCGGCGGCGCGGCGGCCUCGCGUCCUCACCGAGAUCGACCCGCACAGCGAGUGGGUGCACGGCCGCGAGUUCGACGCGCUCGUCGUGGACGUCACAGGGUUCAGCAAGGACCAGCUGAAGGUGCAGCUGGAGCCGUCGGGGAGCCUCAAGGUCAGCGGCGAGCGCGACGUCGACGGGGGCGGCGGCAGGCAGUGGUGCCACUUCACCAAGCGCUUCGACCUCCCCGCAGGCUGCUGCGCCGCCGCCGCGAUCACCGUCCAACUCGACAAGGGCAUGCUCUACAUCCAGGUGCCGCGCCGGCAGGGUGGCACCGAGCAACAGCCAGCGGAGGCGGCGGAGGUGUACGAGGACGCGCUGCGGGGAGUGUCGGACGAGACCAGCGACGACGGCCACGGCCACGGCUGGAACAUCGGCGGCCGUGUGGCGGCGCGGCGAGACGACGGCGAGCAGCAUCACCCGCUCCGGCGGUUCGCCAGGGGCGUCAGCAGGCACCGGCAGGUGGUCCUGAACGUCGUGCUCGCCGUCCUCCUCCUCUGGCUCGUCGCGUUCGCCAAAAACGACUGAGGCGAGGCGCCAACGCCGGCGCACGGAUCAAGAAAUUUCCUUCUCAAGUUUCUGUACAGUGACACCUUGGAAGGAAAAAAUACACGUCCGGGUGAAUAAGCAGAGCAAGAUAAGGAUGUACAUGGCUCAAGCCUCUCUAAAUAUCAGUACAGUACAGUCAAAAGAUCACUGAAAGACGGCACACGGGAAGCCAAAGCAACCACCAAGAUCUGAUGUGUACAUUCAGAAUGUUGUUGCCGUGUCACUGAAGGAAUAGCACUCAAACAUCUAAAAGCCUACCUGGUCCCACCUUAUUGUAUUUGUAUCUAAUCCUUCUUUUAUGAUUAUAAAAAUAAACUUCAUGC